GUGUAUUUGAUUCUGAUAGUGGAAGAGAGAGAAAGUAGAGAGUUGGAGAAAUGAGUGAGAAAGAGCGAAACUGCGAGUGUGUGGAACGAGGAGCGAGAAGUGUGUAGCGCGCGGGAAUCGUCGACUUGUGUGUUUAGCCCUUUUGUGCUUGUGGUUAAUUACUCUGAAACGUAACGACUGGCGAGAGAAAGAAAAUAAAACGUCCUUUUUUUUACCCCGGGGACGGGAAGCUGUAUGAAAGAGUUUAUACGAUUGAGUGUGUGAAAGCAAGGGUAAUAAGUGAGUGCAAUGGCGACACUUGCAGAGCAAGCGUCCAAGUUAUUGGACUUCAACCAAAAGCUGGACAUCACGCUCCUGGAUAAUAUAGUCGGAUGCAUGUAUACUGGGGUUGGUGAACAACAGCGUGUUGCUCAGGAAGUGCUAACCACCCUCAAAGAACAUCCAGAUGCGUGGACACGAGUUGACACCAUCUUAGAAUACUCACAGAAUCAACAAACAAAGUACUACGCACUACAGAUCUUAGAGCAGGUUAUCAAGACACGGUGGAAAGUUCUACCAAGGAAUCAAUGUGAGGGUAUUAAAAAGUAUAUUGUCGGGUUGAUCAUCAAAACUAGUAGCGACCUGGAAACAAUGGAGGCCUCUAAGGUCUACUUAAACAAGCUGAAUAUGAUCCUUGUGCAGGUUCUAAAACGAGAAUGGCCAAAGAACUGGGAAUCCUUCAUAGGUGACAUUGUGGGUGCCAGUAAAACCAACGAAAGCUUAUGUCAGAAUAAUAUGGCUAUUCUGAAACUUCUCAGCGAAGAAGUGUUUGACUUUUCAAGUGGUCAGAUGACGCAGACAAAGGCUAAGCACUUGAAGGAUACAAUGUGUAGCGAGUUCUCUCAAAUAUUCCAGCUUUGUCAAUUUGUCAUGGACAACUCACAGAAUGUUCCUCUAGUUGCUGUUACCCUCGAAACUCUUCUCAGAUUCCUCAACUGGAUUCCACUUGGAUACAUAUUUGAAACCAAGUUGAUCAACACCCUAGUUUUCAAGUUUUUGAACGUGCCGAUAUUUCGUAAUGUUACAUUAAAGUGUUUAACUGAAAUAGCUGCAGUCACAGUAACAAGCUACGACGAGAUGUUUGUGGUUUUAUUUGCUAAUACAAUGCAGCAAUUGGAGCAAAUGCUUUCACUUGAAACGAAUAUCCGUGAUGCGUAUGCAGUAGGACAGGAUCAAGAACAGAAUUUCAUUCAGAACUUGGCGAUGUUUCUGUGCACAUAUCUAAAAGAACAUGGGCCGCUUGUUGAAAAAAAGCAACUGAAUGAAACACUUUUAAAAGCUCUUCAUUACCUUGUGCUGAUUUCCGAAGUCGAAGAAGUUGAGAUAUUCAAAAUAUGUUUGGAAUAUUGGAAUGGACUGGCUGCCGAUUUGUACAGAGAAAACCCAUUCACUACGCCAUCGCCUUUGUUCGUAAAUAAAAAUAAUUUAGCCAUACCACCACGAAGGCUAUUUUAUUUCCCUGUGCUGACCAAGGUUCGGUAUAUUAUGAUCAGUCGAAUGGCUAAGCCUGAAGAAGUAUUGGUAGUGGAAAACGAAAAUGGCGAAGUCGUCAGAGAAUUCAUGAAAGAUACCGAUUCAAUCAACCUCUACAAAAACAUGAGGGAGACCUUAGUUUAUCUAACGCAUCUCGACUAUGUUGACACAGAGAGAGUUAUGACCGAAAAAUUACAGAACCAAGUCAAUGGUACGGAGUGGUCUUGGAAGAAUCUCAAUACCUUAUGCUGGGCAAUUGGGAGUAUCUCAGGUGCGAUGCACGAGGAAGAUGAAAAACGAUUCUUAGUAACAGUAAUCAAGGACUUGCUUGGAUUGUGCGAGCAGAAGAAAGGCAAAGAUAACAAAGCAAUCAUUGCAAGUAACAUUAUGUACGUUGUGGGCCAAUAUCCAAGAUUUUUGAGAGCCCAUUGGAAAUUUCUGAAGACUGUUGUCAAUAAGCUAUUCGAAUUCAUGCAUGAAACACACGAUGGAGUACAAGAUAUGGCCUGUGAUACUUUUAUCAAAAUAGCAUUGAAGUGCAGAAGACAUUUCGUAACUAUUCAGGUUGGCGAAGCUAUGCCGUUUAUCGAAGAAAUACUGUCUACGAUCAGCAGUAUUAUUUGCGAUCUACAAACCCAGCAGGUGCACACGUUUUACGAGGCAGUUGGCUACAUGAUUAGUGCUCAAGCUGAUACAUGUGUACAGGAACAGCUUAUAGAGAAAUAUAUGCUUUUGCCUAAUCAAGUUUGGGAUGAUAUAAUUAGUCAAGCAUCAAAGAAUGUUGAUAUAUUGAAGAAUCAAGAAGCUGUCAAGCAGCUUGCUAGCAUUCUAAAAACAAACGUUCGAGCUUGCAAAGCUCUCGGACAUUCUUACGUCAUGCAGCUAGGAAGAAUAUAUUUAGAUAUGUUAAAUGUUUACAAGGUUAUGAGUGAAAACAUAACUGCAGCAAUAGCUUUAAAUGGAGAAAUGGUUAUGAAACAGCCAUUGAUCAAAAGUAUGAGAGUUGUCAAAAAGGAAACGUUAAAAUUAAUCUCAGAUUGGGUCAGCAGAUCAAACGAUCAUCAAAUGGUUUUGGAAAAUUUCAUACCUCCAUUAUUGGACGCAGUCUUGCUUGAUUAUCAGAAGACAAAUGUGCACUGUGCUCGGGAGCCCGAAGUACUGGGUGCAAUGGCUACUAUUGUCAACAAAUUAGAGGCGCACAUCACAAGCGAAGUACCCAAAAUUUUUGACGCUGUUUUCGAAUGCACUCUUGAAAUGAUUAAUAAAGACUUCGAAGAAUUCCCUGAACACCGAACAAACUUCUUCCUAUUACUGCAGGCAGUGAAUAGCCACUGUUUCCCUGCAUUCCUGUCAAUCCCUCCAGCUCAGUUUAAGCUGGUUCUUGACUCCAUUAUUUGGGCAUUUAAGCACACAAUGAGAAAUGUCGCAGAUACUGGACUACAAAUACUUUAUCAGCUCAUACAAAACCUUGAGAUGCAUAAUCAAGCAGCACAGAGUUUUUAUCAAACAUACUUUACUGACAUUCUACAACACAUAUUCAGUGUCGUAACAGACACCUCGCACACAGCUGGUUUGACGAUGCAUGCAACGAUUCUGGCGUACAUGUUUACGUUAGUAGAAUUAGGAAGGAUUCAAGUGCCACUAGGACCUGUACCAGAUAAUACGUUAUAUGUUCAAGAAUUUGUAGCAAGUUUAUUAAGAGCCGCAUUUCCACAUCUAAGUGAUAAUCAGAUAAAGAUCACGGUGCAGGGCCUAUUUAAUCUUGACCAAGACAUACCUGCAUUUAAGGAGCAUCUUAGGGACUUCCUCGUUCAAAUUCGAGAAUACACGGGUGAAGAUGACACAGAUUUGUACUUGGAAGAGCGGGAAACGGCCCUACGAAAUGCGCAGAGAGUUAAGAGACGACAGCAAAUGGCAGUGCCGGGUAUCCUCAAUCCUCACGAGAUGCCUGAGGAGAUGCAGGACUGAAUCACCCGCAGCCCCUACUGUACCCCAACAAAUCUGAUCGAAAUGUGCUCUGCUGUAGAUACGUCUGUAUCCUUUUAUCUGCAGCCACCCCCACCACCGCCCAGAUACAUAUUAUAUACUUAAACAGAGCCAAGAAGUGUAAAAUAUUAUACCUUUAACGAGGUAAGCUAAGAGGAGGUGAUUGUUUGUUUGUCUGUUAUAGGAUUCGAGAUGAAAUUGAGUUCUUGUUGUGGGUAAGAUGUGAAUGCCUGCUCGCCGACGCUAUUUCGUGUAUCGGAGUUCUUAGUAAUUCUACGAGAUUAAGUCUAAGAGUAAUAAAUGAUGAAAAAAAUAUAAUAAUAAUAAUAAGAAUAAGAAUAAAAUGAAUGAUUUUUGCAUAAUAGUAUGAUCGGUAGGUUUUCGUUUUCUCGUGCGUUUGAUAUCUGUAAUUGUUCGUAGUAUACCCGUAUGCGUGCAUCAUUAACGUGGAAGUACCAUGCCAUAAGUAAUAUUGGACUAUUCAUUUUAUACGAGUUCUUCAAUGGUCCAAUGAUGGUUGAAUGUUCUCAUUCUGGAAGCAACGAGUGACGUUUCUACUGAUUCUUUUGUUUUCGUUGUGGGGUUUUUUCUCUAUUUCUAAUUUUCUCUCAUUAAUUCGAAAAUCUUAUAAUAGGGUGAAUAUAGUAAGAUUAAUACUUUGCAAGUCUGCAGCAGUAUUUUUUAUAUUUCGCAAUAAUUAUAUGGAGAUACAGUAAUUUAGUAAAGUUUUUCAAAUGGGUCCAGUACUCUUCGUGGUAUGUAUUACCCUCUUUAUUAUGAUGGUUGAUGAAAGUAUCGCUGUACAGCAUUUGUUAAUUCACUAUUAGUAUCAGUUUGUACAAUAGUCUGUAUGAAAAUUGAACGAAAUGAAUUAUUGGGUGGGAAAAUUGGAUUCAAAAAUUAUUAGAAUGCAAGGUUUUUCUCCAUAAAAAGAAUUCAGUUACAAAAAAAAAAAGAAAAAAAAACGUAUCAAAUAAAUUUUUCAUUCGAAUAAUUUUGCUAAUCAAAAUCAAGCUUGAACAUUAUAAUAUGUCAGUGUUAUAGCCAGAAAUCAUACUGAACUUUGCGUCAAUAAAAUGUUUAGUUGUACUUACUGACAAAUAAAGCUGUGCCUGAGUUCUGCAAAUCUAAAUUGGGUUAAACAUCGUGAAUCUAGUAAUGCCUUAAAUUUAUCAACUAGAAGUCUGAUCGAAAAAAACCUGUUAAUGUAAAUUUGAAAUGUAAAUUUUUUAUACUGGAUAUCACUUGAAAAAGGGGUGAUUGUAUUUAAAUUUUAGGUCAAAAUCAGAGAAAAUUGGAGGAUAAUAAUCCUACUGUGUGAAGUAUUAAAUGGUAUAAUAUCACAGAAAUAAAUGAAUAAAAUCGAAUCAAAGCCAGAAGACUAAAGUUGCAAUAUGAAGUUAUUUUGUAACAUACUCAUUGCCAAAUUGAACUGCGAUUCAUUACGCAUUAAAUGACAUCUUAUGUACCUAUCAUACACGCACUGCAUGAAUGCCAUUCCGGGUUCCAUUCUCUUUUGCGUUACCUUUAAAUUUUGCUUUGAUUUGAGAUUAUGAACCCUUCAACUGUUUUCUAUUGUAUCAACAUUCAUUUGAAUACUAACAAAGCAUAGACUCAAUAUUUGCAACUCCCGAAUCUGUGAACGCCUAAUAAAAAAUGAAUCUGUCAGUGAGUUAUAUUGAUGAGUGAAUAGAUAAAUAAUUAUAUUUAACAGUCGCAGACGUCGAGUGUAGGUGCUACUUGGGGUGUUGUGAGAUCGAGUGCAGGACACAAAAUUGAAGUAACGAGCAAACUCAGGACCAAUGUCGCGUUCCAUUUAGAUACUACAUAGAGUUUGUGAAGUGGGGCUGCAAAAUACUAGGCUAAAUAUGGUGAUUUGCGCCCAAUCACACGCCACCUUAACUACCAUUGUCAAUGUAAUCUAAAGUAGUACAUUACACUAAGAAGUAGUGUAACAAAAUACUGAAUCUGAUUUGCAUAUUUCAUGAACGUAAUUAUUUAGAAUACACUAUCGAGAUUUGGUGUAUGAAUUUUGAAUAUUAAUUGCAUAAAAUAGUGUCGUUGCGGCAGGGUUUUAGUGAAAUAAAUGUGCUAGGCGAAUAUGUGUGUUUUUAUCCGAGUGAAGUUGUAUUAUAAUACUACAUUAUUACUACUUAUAAUAUGCAUUGCGAGUCGUAAAUUGGCAUCCUGUAAAUUAAAACUUAUCACAACUAAGCAUUGUUGUUUUAUAGGAACAGUCCUCAUCCUACCAAAAUGAAAUCUAUCUCACGAUUGUGGUUCGUUAUUAGGCAUUUGUAGAAUAACUGCGAAUAUUUUUCAUGCAACACUUUUUAUCUCGUUAUUAUACUACUUUUCAGUUACAAUAGAACAAUUUUGAUCCGUCGUCGCAAUUUGCAAAGUAUCUACAGUAUUCAAUCACCUGCUGUUUGUGAAGCAAACUAAAAUUUUCAGUGUUCACAGUAUACGUAUAGCCAAUACAUAUUUGUGGAUAAUUAGUGUUGCCGAAAUUAAUAAAAUUAAGAAAAGACUCAUGAAGUCCUAAAUCAGCAAAGCUCAGAGGAUAUAGUAUACAUUAAUUGUGUGCAAAUGCGUACAUUCGUUACCCCAUUAAAAUAAACAAGAUUAUCACAGAAUUUCGUAACCCAUCAAGUUUUGAGCUCUCUAUUGCUGUUAUUUGAGACAUUUACCUACAUUCGUUGAUGUUUUUCUCUUACUUAUUUAUGUGACCAUAUUUACUUCACACCUAUUCCAAAGUAUUCUUGCAAUUUUCUUGACCAUGUAAACUUCUUUAAUGAAAAAAUAAUUGCUUCCUUAAAGACAAAAAAUUCUUACACCAUUUUCCACAUGUAAAGGUUUAUUCUCUAAAUCUAAAUUACAUAUGACACUAGGACGGAAUAAAUUCGAGGUGCACCGGUACUACUGUAAUCUAAGUUCAUAGAAACAAUGACGCUGGUUUUAAUAAUUUGUUGAAAUGUAAUAAUAGCUAGAUUGUAUCGUGACGUUUCUCCGUAAUUAUUAUUCUGAAAUUGUCAACUUUUCGAGUAACUUUAGUUCUUGUCUUUAUUUUGUACAGCUUUUACUGCCAAUGUAAUAUCACUUGUGUUAUUUGGUGGGUGGAGUUAGGCUUGCAGAACUGUGACUACGUAGACAAGCCUGAAAUCGCAUUUCAGUUGACUGCAUUUAAGUUAAAAAAAAAUAGUAAUAGUAAUAAUGAUAAUAUCAACAGUUGUGCUAGUAUAAUGUCGGUCGGCAGUCGCUCUACUUGGUACAAUGGAGCCAUUACACUUGUACUAUGCGACCCAGGCUUCAAGCAAAGCUACUGGUGGCCUGUGUAUUUGAAGAGUGAUUGGGGAAAGAAGGAAAGAAGGGAUUUAAAAAAAGCAUAGAAAAAAAAAUUUAGGAAACGUGAUUCAAUGUGUUUAUAAUAAGCUGUAUUUAUUUGCAACCAAUAUUCAAUUAUUGAGAAUAUAUUAAUGAAUUGUUACUAAAAACAUACACGAACUUUUUUUGAACUAAGCUGAACUUAUCUGAUUUUGAAUUUGUACAGGAUUAUCAAAUCUUCAUGAUUAAUGAAUUAGGAGAGAACAAGAUAUUACGAUAAAAAUUUAUCAAUAAGAUAUCUAAGUUUUAAAAUUCCCCGUAAUUAUGAAACAUUGGCAAAACAGCUUGACGAUUAAAAACCUUUCAAACACUGUCUAUGAUAUAUUUUUUAAGAUAUUUUGUACGAAGUAGACAUUACUGUGUGUUUAAAGUGUUAAUAUGAUCACCAAGCGUUUCUACUCACUAUUCAUUUUAUUAUAUGAGUUGAUAUCAUGAAUGUAAUAUAGGUAAUAACUAGUAAUCAGAUUAGUUUGAGCAAUGUAAAUAACUACGGCAUAACAUUAUAUUGCGUUGCUUACAUUAGUUACAAGCUUGUGUGAUCGAGUGAUCUAACAAUGUGUUCUACAAUUGAAAAAAAAUUUAUAAUAAUUCAAGGAAUGGUAUUAUAGAAAACAAAAAACGCUCAGUCUAAUAAUACAUAUUUUUAGGCAUUUUGAGCAAAGGCCUAUUAUGUAUUUCAUCUUCAUAUCACAUACAGUCUUUGUUUCCAGUUAUACACGUGAUAAAAAAUAAAAAAACGAAAGCGUGA